AUGACGUACCGGUAUAGGACGGGGGAGAAGGACUACAGCGAAUACUGGCGUUUCAUGGCCUUACUCCUUCUCCUUAUCAGUUUGAGCCUCGGAAUCGCUUUGACAGUGAUAGCUGUUCUUCUCGCACAAGAGCUGUCUGUACCAAGAAACGUAACGGAUAUGAGCAUAUCCACAGAGCCUAUUGUUCUUUCAAAAUGUGGCCUAAACCUAGAUGACAUUGACAUCAGCGAAUCAGUAAACCCAACAGUGUUCUCCGACCUUACUGGGCCAGAGUUCGAAUCCAUCAACCGCUACUUAUUUGAUCAGACAGAUUUAAAUGUGACAAAAAUCACAGAGGCUCGUAUAGACUCCUCUUAUGUACAUCUCAUUGAAUUACUUUUGCCUAACAAAGCAGAAACCUUAAAACAUCUUGAUGGAAAAACAGAUGCACCGAAACGGUGGGCCAAAGUCGUCCUGUUUCGCGGUGAUUUAAGUAUACCUGAAGUCCAGGAAUACAAAGUGGGUCCAUUACCAACCCCUACCUCACAUCGACUCUUAAACUACACAGGUAGACGUAUAAACCCUAUACCGUUUAACGUCAGGCCACCUACACUUGUGGAGUUAUUACACUUGGAAAAGACAAUUUGGGUAGAAUUGUUCACGAAAUUAGGUUUUAUAAUAUACGAAAGUUUUGGAAUCCUGGUAACGGACUGUAAGGACAAAUGUCUGAGCUUCUCUUCAGCCCCAGUGUCCACUUCAAAUAUCGGCUCUAUCAAGAGGCAAAUAUGGGUGGGAUUCAACUUCCAAACCGAGUAUUACAAGUUACACCCUAUAGAUCUGCAGGUUCUGUUGCAGCUGGAUGGAACGGAUCCGAGUAAGUUUAACAUGUCGACAGUCUGGUACAACCAGCAGAGUUUCAAGAGUGCUGAUGAUCUCAUCCAAAUGUACUCCAAUGAUUCAAUCAGCAAACUAAAAACAAGUUUUCCAUCGAAUCAGGAGAAGGAGUUUUCCACGAUGACUCUUCGCGGAGACAUUCUAGAAAAAGAAUCCCAUCGAGCCCCUCGUCAGUUAGAACCGGACGGUAAACGAUACACUGUGAAGCACCAGAAGGUUGGAUAUCUCGGCUGGUCUUUCCAUUACAGAAUGUCAACGAGUACCGGACCAAUGCUUCUAGACGUACAAUAUCGUAAAAAUAGGAUAGCCUACGAAAUCAGUCUGCAGGAAAUCGUUGUGUUCUAUUCGGCAUCGAAUCCAUUAAACCGGUUUAGCGAUUUUGUCGAUAGCCUUGUCUUAUUAGGGUACGCCGCUAAAGCCCUCGUUCCUGGAGGUGAUUGCCCACAGCAUGCCACUUUUCUUCCCGCCCGACAUCAGACCAGCUCAGAACCUACCUCCAUUGUAUAUAAAAAUGCCUUCUGCUUAUUUGAACAAAGUACAGGCGUCCCUCUUAGGCGUCACCAUUCCUACACUUCCUCACAUGGUUCAUUCUACAGCGGCAUGAUGGACGAUGUUUUGAUUUUGAGAACAAUUCUAACCAUCGGAAACUAUGAUUACAUAUUUGAUUUUAUCUUUCACCAGAAUGGCGUAUUAGAGGUGAAAGGUAUUUCCACCGGAUACAUCAUCACCAGUGUUUAUUCGCCCGCAGAGGAGAAAUACGGCUUCCGGCUACAAGAACGCGUGCUUGGAAAUAUUCACCAUCACAUGUUCAACUUUAAAAUAGACAUUGAUGUCAGUGGGAAUGAAAACCGCUUUGAAACUUUAGACAUUAAUGUUUAUGAAGCUGAUAACACUGACUGGUCCACUAACCCUGAAACCUCCACCUACCAUCAGAUAAUGUUCAACAGAACUUUGAAGAGCACCGAACUGGAAGCAGCAUAUACGUUUAACUUCGAUGCUCCAAAAUACUUGAUCUUUCAUAACGAAAACUCCACAGACAAAUACGGGAAUCCAAGGGCGUACAGAAUUUCUCUUCUGGGCAUGUCAAAGCAGACUUUGCCGAUUGGCCGAGGUGCUGAGCCGUCCAUAUCGUGGUCACGCUACCAGAUGGCGGUCACCAAGCGCCAUGAGCACGAACAGUCAAGUAGUUCCAUGUAUGCUGUGUUUGACGCUCUGGAUCCUGUGGUGAACUUCCAAGACUUUCUAGAUGACAAUGAAACAAUUGUAGACCAAGAUCUCGUUGCUUGGAUAACCAUGGGCGUCCAUCACAUCCCACACACUGAAGAUCUUCCCGUAACGCCAACUACUGGAGGGCAUCUUUCAUUCUUCCUCUCGCCAUACAACUAUUUCCCUGAGGACCCUUCUAUGGCCUCUAGAAGUGCCGUUCGUAUUGACCUGAGUGGAACCUCUGCGGAGUCUCCGGUGAACAUCAGCCGAUACGGCUUGGACACGGAUAUCCGGUGUGUGCCGGAAUCCACGGACGCCUAUGAUGAGGCUAUUCGAGAAGACAAGAACCUGCUGUUUUCCGACUUUUGA